AUGGCAUUCACGACAUUACACUUACAAUCUCUAGUUUUAAAAGGACUUACGGCUAGCCAAUAUACAGAACCGACCGAAGUACAACGUAAGAUCAUUGUUUUGGCGAAAUCGCGCGGAAAUAUAGUCUGUUCUGCCCAAACUGGAUCGGGAAAGACUUUAUCUUUUGUUAUUCCAAUCUUAGAACGGUUAUUAGAACUUAAAUGGACACGGGCUGAUGGUUUAGGGGCAGUAAUAAUAGCACCUACACGCGAACUAGCACUUCAGAUCUUUGAAGUUGUCAAGGCAGUUGGCCGCGAGACGAACUUAAGUGGUGGGUUAUUGAUUGGUGGUCGAAGUGUGGAACGCGAGAAAGAGUGUGUCAGUGCUUUGAACUUAGUAGUAUGUACGCCCGGUCGGCUUUUGGAACACUUAGAGAUGGGUUGGGGAUUUAAUGGUGAUAGUUUGGAGAUGUUAGUUAUAGAUGAGGCGGAUAAGUUAUUGGAGAUGGGGUUUAAGCAAACCAUUAGUCGGAUUUUAGAGUACUUGCCGCGGAAGAGACAAACCCUACUCUUUUCGGCUACAGCUGAAGCUAUUGGACAGGCGCGUAAGCUUUGGGAUAUAAGCAAGCCGGAAUGGGUUAUUAUUAAAGAGCGGGCUGAGGAGAGUAAUCGGAUGAGUGAAGAAGUCUGGCUAGUCGAUGCAGCUCAGAAAUUUGACUUGCUUUAUGAGCUGACCAAACGGAAUUUGCGUCGGAAAACGAUUGUUUUCUUAUCUACGUGUAAGGAAGUGACUUUCUUUCAUGACUUAUUUAAGGGAUUACGUUUAGGUGUGCCGGUCUUACGUUUGAAUGGGAAUAUGGCGCAGACAAAACGGGUGGAGACGUAUCAUAAGUUCUGUCGGGAUGAGCCGCGGAUGUUAUUCUGUACGGAUAUUGCUGCUCGUGGCUUGGACUUUCCGGGGGUGGAUUUAGUGGUGCAGUUAGAUGCACCAGAAUCAGUCGCUACUUAUGUGCAUCGGGCGGGCCGAACGGCCCGGAAUGGAGCUAAAGGCCGGGUUGUACUGGCCGUUCUGGAGAGGGAGAAGGAUUUAUUAUCAAAGUUAAGUGAUCGGCCGGGCUUUCCAGAGGCUAAGGUCUAUGCGAGCAAGCGGACUAUUGCUGGGCGGGUGCAAGGAGCGAUUAAAGCCAGUCCGGAGUUGUACUUGGGGGCACAGAAGUAUGUCAAGACGUAUGCUGGGUUUAUGCGAGUAUCUAAACAUGGGAGAGGUCCAGAGGAGGCGGCGGCACUGAUUAAGGAGUUAGCCGAAUAUUUAGGCGUAGAGGAGGACAGUAAGGUUAGUUGGAGUAAGGCCGGCCGCCAAAAAUCAAAGCUACUAAAUAGAAGAAUCACCUUUGAUGAUGAGGUCGAGAUAGAUGAAUAA